CUACAUCUCAACCAGACUUGCAGCAUGGCCAAACAUGACUUGAAGAUACUGCGCGCAGUAUUAUUUCGGUGCCGAAGGCUGUUCAAUGGCCAGCAGAAGCCACCUUCGCGUCAUGUAAUGACAAGAAAGCCACCACCCAGUCCCGACAACCCGGACUUUGUCUCGAUAGUUGACGCUCCAGCAAGGAUUGUAUCAGUAGGACAGAAGCACUCGAAGAUAGGGCUCGCGAUCCUCGCAGUCAUCCCCAUCACAGCAUUUUGUCUGGGAACAUGGCAGAUCCAGCGACUGGAUUGGAAGACCAAGCUGAUCGCGAAGUUCGAAGACCGACUAGUCCGGCCGCCGCUGCCACUCCCUCCUCGAGUCGAUCCAGAAGCAAUUCACGAAUUUGAUUACCGAAGAGUAUAUGCGACCGGAAGGCUUAGACAUGACAAAGAGAUGUUGAUAGGUCCACGCAUGCAGGACGGCAAGGAUGGUUUCAUGGUCAUAACACCUCUAGAACGAGAAGGUGGUAGCACGAUACUCAUAAAUAGAGGCUGGAUCAGCAGGGAGAAAAAGUUCCAGCAGGACCGAGACCCCUCGUCCUUGCCUCGAGGUGAGGUCACAGUGCAAGGCCUAUUACGAGAACCGUGGAAGAAGAAUAUGUUCACACCUGCAAAUGUCCCGGAGCAGGCCAAAUUCUACUUCCCGGACGUGGCCCAGAUGGCCCAAGUCUCCGGGGCGGAACCCAUAUGGAUCGAAGAGACAAUGAAGCCGGAUCUGCUGGUCAGUUGGGAUCGAGAGUCGAAAGGAAUACCCAUUGGAAGAGCAGCGGAGGUCAAUCUGAGGAAUAAUCAUUUCCAGUACAUAUUCACAUGGUACUCGUUAUCUGCUGCCACAACACUCAUGAUGUGGAUGCUCCUCAAAAAGAAACCUGUCGAUAGGUCGCGGCGGGUACGCCAUGUCACUAAUUGGUGAUGACCAAGACGAAGCGAUCAGGAGUCGUCCUCCCCAAACUCUGCAAGGACUUCUUUCGGGAGCAAUUCUCGAGCGGCUUUCUGGAGCUCAUCAUCACCCUGCAGCACUUUUUGUCGCUGCAUCAGCAUCAGGACGUCGCUUCGGUCGAUGCGCUUCUUUCGUCGAGCAUGGUCUGAGUACGCUUCGAGGUCUUCACCAAUCUGUUCGAAGAACCAUUCCGUUGCUUGCUCGAGGGCCUUCAUGUGCUCCCGACCAAGCUUGGGCUUACGAUUGCCCAGUCGGCCUUGAGCAUCGGUUGCCACUCUCCGGAUCAGACUUGACGGAAGUGAUGGGACCACUUCCCCAUGACGAGUCAUCUUGACGUUUUUCCGACGACGCUGUGGUGGUAAUAUGGCUUCGUCGGUUGUCGUCAACCGGCGCGACGCUUCCUCGGGCCCAAGCGAUGCAUCCUCUGGCGCCUUGCCAGUUGGAUCUUGCUCGUCUUCGAUUGAUGGUCUGACUCCAGUGUCCGCUAGAGGCUGCUGAUGGGUGUAGUUUGAAGUCACCUCUUCGUCCACCAUUUCGAAUUGAAAAGUCUGGUCCAAGGCAGGCAUAUGCAUGGUACUCUCGUCAGCUGGCGACAGCGACGGGGACUUCUGAAACUUCUCCAGAUUUUCCGUUUCGCCGCCAAAAUCAAGCGGCUUGUAAUCAACCGGUAGCUCGUCAUAUUGUGGCGGAACCUUCGCAUCCAUCGUCUGUUCGCGAAGACCUGAGUCUCUUCGAAUUUCAAGUUCUG